AUGUUAUUCAGUAGAGUGUUUAGCAAUAAUGGAUUACAUGGUUCAAAAAUGUUUCCUGUGAUUUAUAAAAGAGUGACAAGAGAUAGUCUCAGAAAAUAUUCAGCAUUAAAAUACAAGGGACAAAGAAAUAUACUAAGGAAUUUUACUAUUCUUGCUGGUGUGGUAUUAUCAACUGUCAUAUAUGUGAGGUACUCUUCAAAAAGACAUAUUUCCUUUGAUACGUUACCUAAUUUUGAUGAAAGUCACAGAAAAGAUACUGUUACUUUGUUAUCUGAUGAGCAAAUUAAUACCAAAUUGAGGACCAAUCAACAAAGCUAUUUAAUAGAUCGUGGUACAGGUAUCUAUAGGUAUGAUAUUUCCCAAUUACCGUCAAACAAUCCGAUUGAAGAUAACCAUUCAGAACAUAUCAUUCAACUGAGGUCUGAUGAUGCAAUAAAAAAAAAUAAUGAAUCAAGUACAGAUAACAAUGAUUUGUAUUUUUUUGGUAUCUAUGAUGGACAUGGUGGUCCUUAUACAUCAACUAAACUAUCUCAAUCUUUAAUUGCAUAUGUAGUCAGAAAUAUUAUUAAAAAUGAUCUAAUUAAUAAUAGUAAUAAAGAUGUUAUGGAUAAAACCAUUCAAGACGCUUUCUUACAAUUAGAUAACGACAUUGUGAUUCAAGCAUUUAGAAACUUGUUAUCAGAUCCUACAAAUAAAACAUUUAUUAAAAAUGUUUUUCCUGCCAUAUCUGGUUCAUGUGCAUUGUUAAGCAUAUAUGAUUCAAGGACUAAAAAAUUGAAAGUAGCUGUCACUGGAGAUUCUAGAGCCUUAAUAAUUGGGAAGCAAUCAGAUGGAGCCCAUGAACAAUGGUUUGUUAAGUCAUGUUCUAUCGAUCAAACAGGGGAUAAUCUAAAUGAAGUAAAAAGAAUCCGUGAAGAACACCCAAAUGAACCUAAUGUGAUAACACGUGGUAGAAUUCUAGGUUCUUUGCAGCCAUCUAGAGCCUUUGGUGACUAUCGAUAUAAGUUGAAAGAGAUUGAUGGGCAAGCUUUAGAUAGUUUACCUGAUUAUUUGAAAUUAUAUUUAAGAUCACAACCUAGAAAUUUUUUAACACCGCCAUAUGUUACGGCAAGACCUGAGAUUACUACAACUAAGAUUAACGAAAAUAUAAAAUUAAUGGUGAUAGGAUCAGAUGGUUUGUUCGAAUUCUUAACAAAUGAAGAGAUUGCAUCAUUAGCUAUCAAAUGGUUGGAGAAUGACCAAGGAUUGAUAAAAGAUUCUAAAUUACCUCUAGUGACAGAUAUAACAGAAAACAUUGAUGACGAUUCACAAAGAACUGCAUUCAGGUACAGAGAAAAUAGAAACAAAAAUAAUAGUAACUCCUUAGGAUACUUAUUAGAAGAUUCAAAUAUAGCCACUCAUUUGAUAAGAAACGCACUAAGUGCUGGUGGUAGAAAAGAAUUUGUGUCUACUUUGUUGUCAAUACCAUCUCCGAAGAGUAGGAAAUAUAGAGAUGAUUUGACCGUCACUGUAGUAUUCUUUGGUGAAGAAAAUCAUUAG